CUGAACUGAUAAUCCUGAAAAAAAAUCAGAGUAGUAACAUUCAUUGCCUGCGAAAAUCAUUGGAAUUGCAGGGAUGGCCUCAGUCCAAGAUAGACUGAAAUUAAAACGCGAGUCUUGCGACACGUGGAGUACACGUGAACAGCUGUGCCUGGCGUCGAGUGUCCUGAAAUCUGGGGACCAGAAUUGGAUAUCAGUGUCAAGAUCCUUGCGUCCCUUUGCUGAGAAAGAGGCACUGCGUCCUCCGGACUGGUUCUCCCAGAAGUCUUGUGCAAUUCAGUAUGCAAUACUCUUGGAGAAUGCCGACACACCAAAGCGAAAGAAACGAGAGAGUGGUGAGACAACAGGUGAAUCAAUAGUUCGUCGUCUGACCCAAGAGAGGAUAACAGAGUUGGGUCAGAUACUGGCAUUCCAAAGAGACGAGUACCAGCAGCUGAAGCACGAGGUGAAUCUCCUGCGAUCAGGAAACAUCACUGAUGAUAAACUUCAGAGGAUGUGGCAGGCAAUUGAGCAGGAGGAGAGGGAAGCGGAGCAGAAGGCGAGGGCGCAUUCAGCCUGGCUGGCGAAGCGACAGCAGAAGAGUGAACCUGUCACUCCUCAGGCCUCGAAGAAGACCCUGGAGGCUGUGCCGGAGGGCUCAGAUGUGCAGGAGCUCCAGCCAGAAACAGAGGAGGACAGGAAGAACCGAGGGGGACGCUCUCCCCUGCUGACGAGCCUCUUAAAAUCUCCCAGUCCCACCACUCAGAUCCAGAACCCUCCAUCCACAGCCACCACCACUUCUCCAACGAUUGCCAGUCUCUUGGGAGCUACCACGAAAUCUCCAGCCCCCCAGAUUACCACAGUAGCUGGCCCUCAGCUUCACCACUUCAUCACAUCUACCCUUGCCUCGUCAGUCUCUGAACGACCCUCUGCUGGGGCACCCACGCUUUCCAUGCUCCUGGAGUUGCCCUCGAAUCUCCCAAGGAAUAUCACCAAUCUCCAAGGUACACAGAACUCAGUUGAUCCCUCGAGGAGUAAAGUGACGAAUCAUGCAAGUCCAAUUCCAGCCGCUGGUAUUCCAGUGAAUGAUUCUAUGGUCCAAAUUAUUGAUCACAUCGAUGAUGUCAUUGGUAAGGACAAACUCCCCGAGGUGAUCGAUAAAGAUGAGAUUAAUGAGAUAAUCGGGGACAUCGAGGAGUUGAUUAAAGAGGAGAUAACCAAGAGCCCAAAGACUGAGGGGCCUGGAAUUAUUGAGGCACUUCCUAAUCCGGUGGAGGAUAAGGGUGUGAAAAGUGUGGAGGAGACUGCUUCCUCUGGAUCUCCACAUAGUGAGGUAAUUGGUGAGAUCGACCAGAGUACAUCGAGCAUUGCUGAGAUCAUUGGGACUACCAUUGAGCCUGAAAAGGCUCCAGAGGUAGUUGAGGACGCGAGAAAAAGUGAGGAGGGAAUUAUGGAGGUGGACGAGGUGAGGGAGGAGGAGAGGAAGGACGAGGAGGAUGUUAAGAGUGAAAAGAAGGAUGAGGAGAGAAUCAAGGAGGCAGAGGAGGAAAAGGGCGAGGUACAGGAGCCUGGAGAGAGCACUGAACCUGAGGGGAAACCUCUGCAGACUGAUCCUGAGGAGAAGACGGAGAAGAGGGAGAAUGAGGUGGAGGAAAAGCCAGAGGAGAUGGAGGAGAGAACUGAUGUGGAAAAUCCUGCGAAACCUGAGGAGGACGGACAGACAGCGGAGGUGGUUGAUGAGGUUGAAAAGGGAAAGGAGGAGGAUUGUGAGAAUGUGGAGAGGAUAAAGCCAGAUGAGGAGAAGGAAGAGCUACUGAAAGAACCUGAGGGUAACCAGGGGGAGAAAGAGUCAGAAGUGAAGGAAGAGUCUUCUAAAGAAUCUGAGGAGAAAGUUCUUUCUGUUGUUGAUACUCCAGGAGAAGAGGAGUCUGCGGUGUCUGAGAAGUCUGGAAAGUCAGAGCAGCCUGAGACGAUUGAGAAGGCUGAAAAGAUUGAGAAGACUGAGAAGUCGGAGAAGUUGGAGAAAUCGGAGAAGUCUGAAAAGACAGAGAAAUCUGAGGUACCCGAAAAGUCUGAAAAGAUCGAGAAAUCUGAGAAGUCUGAGAAGCCGGAGAAAAUUGAACAGGCAGAGAAAUCAUCGGAGACUCAGGACUCUGGGGAAAAAUUAAACGUCAAAGAUUCUGAUACAACUUCAACCUCCACUGACGACGUGAAUGAACUCAAGGAAAAAGACGGGCCGAAAGGAUCUCAAGAGAGCUCCAAAUCCCCUGAGGCUGGGGAUGAGAAGACUCAGGAGCUCAAGGAUGACGUGGCAAAGGAACCUGAGAGGAAGUUCCCCAAAACUGAUCCCGAUGAAGAGCUGGAGGCUUCAGUGCUGCCGAAUGAACUCGAGGAACUACCUCUGGAUAAAAAAGAGAAGGAGGCGGAGGUGGAGGAGGAGAACGAGAUCAAGCUCGAGGUGAAGAUCGAGGAGAAGGAGGAGAGUGAGCAGAAACCAGAGCCUGAGCACUGCGUCAAGGAGGAACCCGUGGAGGAUUGUACAGAGAAGCCUGAGAAUGAGGUGAAGCCUGAGGAGGCGGAGCAGAAGCAGGGAGAUGAGGUCAAGAAGGAAGACGCGGAGGGUAAGAAGGAGGAGAAUGCCAGUGCUGCUGAUGACACUGAUGUCGAGGAGGAGGAGUCCUCCAUGGCUAAACUACCAGCAGGCAGAGCGAUCAAGACGUACUCCAAGAAGCAAAAUGCUGUCGUCGAUAGCGAACCUGAGACUGAGACCAGUGACACCGCCGAGUACAAGAUAUGGAAAAAAUCGAUUCUCCUUCAUUACAGUCGUUUGGCAACUCACAAGUACGCCUCUCUGUUUCUGAGGCCAAUUACGGAGGAUCAGGCACCAGGAUACCACUCUGUGGUUUUCAGGCCCAUGGACUUGUCCACUAUUAAAAAAAAUAUCGAUAAUGGAACCAUCAGGACUAAUAUGCAAUUCCAGAGGGAUGUCAUGCUCAUGUUCCAGAAUGCCAUUAUGUAUAAUAAAUCGGAUAGCUUUGUUUAUAAAAUGGCAGUGUCUAUGCAAGAGGAGUGUCUUCAGAGCAUGCAGAUUCUGGUGGAGGCGACUGGCGAGGGAGCUUUCAGACGAGAGACUCGAACAGCUACGAGCAGCAGCAGUGAGACCAGUGAAAGCAGUUUAAUAAAACGAAAAAGAAGUCUAGUGACACCAAGUCCCCUCGACACCGAGAGCCCAAGAAUGAAGAAACGAAGAAAAUCGGAGAACGAUUAGAUGAAGUUCAAAUCUCCCAUCGCGUUGUACAGAUUCAUUCGAUUCAUUCAGACGUCAAGAUAAUGCGCCUUCAUUAUUUUCUAUUGUUUUUUU